AUGUCUCACACUUUUGCGGUGCCCGUGCAAGUGCCCGGAGUCUCGCGCGCGGCGCCAGCCAGCAGCUUCGUCAACAAGGAGCCCGCCGGCAGCGAGCAGAAGCAGGAGCCCGCCAGCAAAGAGAGCACGCCCGCGCAGCCGACCAAGUCCAAGCGGGUGCGCUCGGGAUGCUUGACCUGCAGGGACCGACACCUCAAGUGCGAUGAAGUGCGGCCCGAAUGCCACAACUGCCGCAAGUCUAACAGAGGAUGCCAUUGGGGCAUCCGCCUGAACUUCCUCGAGCACAGCUGCAACAACCCGCCUGUGCUUGUGCCGCCCGUUCCAGGUUGGCGCGUCGCCUUUCAGGACGAGUCCAGGAACAUUGCCUCUGAAUAUCAAGGCGGCCUGGCGCGGUACAGGCCGUACUCGCCAGAGGAGCGAUCAUCGAACGUGGAAGGAGCAGCCAACACAUACGCACACGCAUACGCUUCCCAGGCACUUAAUUACCAUCAACAGCAGCCACAUCCCCAGCCGCAGCCGACCCGCUAUCAGCAGCACACUCCUGAUGACUCCUCAUCCUCCGCCGGCACCGCCGCCCCGGAUAUGCCCACCGACUAUGAGCUAGACGCCUUCAGGAGCCCUGAUUCCCACGUCCGCAUCAGCCCAAUGCCGUCUCAGCACCGAACGAACCCCACAUCACGUGACUACCUGCACAACCAGGAGGAGGUCCUGUUCAUGCAGGUCUACGUCGAGGAGGUUGGAUUGUGGAUGGAUAGCAUGGACUCGCGAAAACACUUCUCACGUCUUCUCCCAUUCCAUGCCUUGAACGAACCCAUGCUUCUCAACGCCUUCCUAGCAUGUGGCGCUCGACAUCUCGCCCUGGUUAAUCCCAAAUACACCGAGGAUAAGGCCUUGGGAUACUACGACGUAGCCACCCGCCACCUGCUCGAGUCGCUGCAAGAUCCAACCCGAGAUAGGGUCCUCUGUGCGACCACUGCAGUCAUACUAAACGUAUAUGAAAUCAUGUGCGAAAAAGCCCUGCAGCGGAUGAACCAUAUCGCUGGUGCCCGGGCGCUUAUCAAGGAGUGCGGCUGGAACGCGACGUCGACAGGCAUCGGGGCGGCUUGCUUCUGGCUCAAUGUCGGCAUGGAGCUGCUCAGCUGCCUACAUUUCAACUGGCAGGUAGCAUGGAACCCUGAUGAAUGGGGCGUCGACAUGGACUUUUCGCGCGACAUUGACUCCAGCCGGGAAGAGAUAUGGACUCAUCGCAUACUCUACAUUAUUGCAAAAGUGUGCAAUUUUCGCGCCUCUAUUCCAAGGGACCAACAUGUCGCCAGCCAGACCCUGCAGACACGGUAUAGCGAGUGGCAGCACUUGCUGAAGAUGGCAGACGACUGGAACGCGAAGAUCCCCCGCACCAUGCAUCCCAUCGCCUACCUUUUUCCUGGCCAUACCCUGUCCGGGUCCGCAUUCCCCGAAGUCUGGAUAAUCAAGCGCGCGUCGGUAGUCGCACGGCUCUUUUACCACACCUGCAUGUGCUUGCUGGCGCAAACGAACCCCGUCCUCAGCGCCGACGACCACGACGGCGAAAUGGGAAUACUGCUGGACAAGCAUGCGCAGUUAAUAUGCGGCAUCGUAGCGCACGUCAAAGACCGGGGAGUCGCCAGCGUCGCCCUACGCUCUCUCGCCAUCGCAGCAGAAUCUCUGACAGUUCGCGCCCAACAGGAAGAAGUCCUCCAAAUUUUCGACAAGAUCCGCCAGGAGACGGGCUGGCGCGUUGACUUCCUCAACAAGGAGCUGAAGGAGAAGUGGGGCUGGAACAACCAGCCUCAGGAACAACAGUCACGGCAGCAGAUGGAAUCCGUCUCCACCGACGAAUUGUACCGACGGCAGGCCCAGCAAGCAGUGCAACAGGCGCAACAGGCACAACAAGCUCAACAAGUCCAACAAGCCCAGCAGGCACAACAAGCACAACAGGCGCAGCAGGCGCACCAGAUGUAUCAAGUCACUGCUCAGCCCGUCAUGCCCCCUACCCCGGCUUCGCUCCCACCGCAGCAGUUACCCCAGCGACCUUCGCCUGGCCUGAUGAACCCCCUCAUGGCACAGGCCGACUUCAGCUACCCCCAGCACCCUUACCAAUCCUACUACGUGCCUCCGAUCACCCUGCAAACAUCACAGCAGCAGCAGCCAUCGCACCCCCACCAACAACAUCCUCACCAACACCCACAGCAUCCGCCUCCACAAAACGGGGACUACUUCUAA